AAUGACCACACCAAACAAACCCUCCCUCUCUCUCUAGAAGAGGAGAGAGAUGACCGACCAUCACAAUUCGCAACAGCACCUGUCAGCCCAAAACCCUAGAAAUGCAAAUCCAUAAAUACCCCUUCCUCUCUUCACAAACCCAAACGACCCCUUCCAAAUUCACCAGCGUAGAGUACUAGAAAAGGAACAUACAUCACGCCAAAGCAAUUCUCUCUUUCUCUCUCUUUCUUAAACAUUCAGAUUCUGUUCUUUUUUGUUUCUGCAUCAGAGCUCUAAUCGCAGUUUAUUGCACUAUAUGCUUCCUAGAAAGAGAGCAGUUGCAGGAGAGGUUGUAGACGACGACAGUGAUAACACAGGUACUUCUUCGAUCAAGAAGCAUCGGAUCUCCUCAUCGGCCGCCGGCACCGAAACCACGGUGAACAACAAUAACAGCGGCAGCUCUUUGGGCAAUAACAGCGGCAACAGUAAUCACAGCGGCGGCAGCGAAGUUGAACUGCAAAUUAUGGCUUUGGGCGAUGGAAAUCCGCCAGAUAUCGAUGAGGAUCUGCAUAGCCGCCAGCUUGCAGUGUACGGCCGGGAAACCAUGCGGCGGCUUUUCGCCUCCAACGUCCUCGUCUCUGGGCUUCAGGGACUUGGUGCUGAAAUCGCAAAGAACCUCAUUCUUGCUGGCGUAAAAUCUGUGACCUUGCAUGAUGAAGGAACCGUGGAGUUGUGGGACAUGUCCAGCAAUUUCAUAUUUUCAGAGAAUGAUGUUGGUAAGAACAGGGCACUGGCUUCUGUUCAAAAGUUACAAGAGCUGAAUAAUGCUGUGGUUAUUUCUACCUUAACGACAAAAUUGACGAAAGAGGAUCUUUCUGAUUUUCAGGCUGUUGUAUUUACGGAUAUCAAUUUUGAGAAAGCUAUCGAGUUCAAUGAUUAUUGCCAUAGUCAUCAGCCUCCUAUCGCUUUCAUCAAGGCUGAAGUUAGAGGCCUUUUUGGUUCAGUGUUUUGUGACUUCGGUCCUGAAUUCACAGUUUUUGAUGUUGAUGGAGAGGAACCACACACGGGUAUAAUUGCAUCCAUUAGCAAUGAUAAUCCUGCACUGGUGUCAUGUGUUGAUGAUGAGAGGCUUGAGUUUCAGGAUGGGGAUCUUGUUGUAUUCUCAGAAGUCCAUGGAAUGACAGAACUCAAUGAUGGAAAGCCAAGAAAGAUAAAAAAUGCAAGGCCGUAUUCGUUUACUCUUGAGGAGGACACCACAAAUUUUGGUACCUACGAGAAAGGUGGUAUUGUCACACAGGUGAAACAGCCCAAGGUCUUGAACUUUAAGCCAUUGAGAGAAGCACUCAGUGAUCCUGGUGAUUUUCUUCUGAGUGAUUUCUCCAAGUUUGAUCGCCCACCCCUCCUACAUCUGGCAUUCCAAGCGCUUGACAGGUUUAUAUCCGAGUUGGGACGCUUCCCUGUUGCUGGUUCUGAGGAGGAUGCUCAGAAACUGAUAUUCAUAUCCAGUAACAUCAAUGAGAGCUUGGGAGAUGGGAAACUAGAAGAUAUUAAUCCAAAACUUUUGCGGCACUUUGCUUUUGGUGCCAGGGCGGUAUUGAAUCCCAUGGCUGCUAUGUUUGGUGGUAUUGUAGGACAGGAGGUUGUGAAGGCAUGCUCUGGAAAGUUUCAUCCACUUUUUCAGUUCUUCUACUUCGACUCAGUGGAGUCACUUCCUACAGAGGCACUGGAUUCCAGUGAUUUCAAACCAUUGAAUAGCCGAUACGAUGCACAGAUUUCGGUGUUUGGGUCUAAGCUACAGAAGAAACUGGAGGAUGCUGUAGUGUUCAUGGUAGGAUCUGGUGCGCUAGGUUGUGAGUUCUUAAAAAAUGUAGCUCUGAUGGGAGUUUCAUGUGGCAAUCAAGGGAAGCUAACAAUUACUGAUGAUGAUGUGAUUGAGAAGAGUAACCUUAGUAGGCAGUUCCUCUUCCGUGAUUGGAACAUUGGGCAGGCCAAAUCCACUGUUGCUGCUUCUGCUGCUCAAACAAUAAAUCCUUGUCUCCACAUUGAAGCUUUGCAAAAUCGUGUGGGCCCUGAGACAGAGAAUGUGUUUAAUGAUGCCUUUUGGGAGAAUUUGAGUGUCGUUAUCAAUGCACUAGACAAUGUCAAUGCGAGGUUGUAUGUUGAUCAGAGGUGCUUGUAUUUCCAGAAACCACUGCUUGAGUCGGGAACUCUGGGUGCCAAAUGCAACACACAGAUGGUAAUUCCUCACCUGACAGAGAAUUAUGGUGCCUCAAGAGACCCACCUGAGAGACAAGCUCCCAUGUGCACGGUGCACUCUUUCCCACACAAUAUUGACCACUGCUUGACAUGGGCUCGAUCCGAGUUUGAGGGUUUGCUUGAGAAAACGCCAGCAGAAGUGAAUGCAUUUUUGUCUAAUCCAACUGAAUAUGCAUCUGCAAUGAGGAAUGCUGGUGAUGCUCAAGCUAGGGAUAACCUGGAACGUGUUCUCGAAUGCCUUGAGAGAGAGAGAUGUGAGACAUUCCAGGACUGUAUCACCUGGGCCCGUCUCAGGUUUGAAGAUUAUUUUGUUAACCGUGUUAAGCAGUUGAUUUUUACUUUUCCUGAGGAUGCUGCAACCAGCACUGGGGCUCCAUUCUGGUCAGCUCCCAAGCGAUUCCCUCAUCCAUUACAGUUCUCAGCUGCUGAUCCUGGUCACCUCUAUUUUGUCAUGGCGGCAUCCAUUCUACGGGCAGAGACAUUUGGCAUCCCAAUUCCUGACUGGGCCAAGCAACCUAAGAAGUUGGCUGAAGCUGUUGAUAAGGUGAUAGUGCCAGAAUUUCAGCCAAAGACUGAUGUGAAGAUUGUGACCGAUGAGAAGGCUACUAGCCUUUCUACUGCAUCUGUAGAUGAUGCAGCAGUCAUCAAUGAACUACUUGCUAAGAUAGACCAGAGCUGGAAGAGUCUGCCACCAGGGUUCAGGAUGAACCCAAUUCAGUUUGAGAAGGAUGAUGAUACAAAUUACCAUAUGGACCUGAUAGCUGGUCUUGCAAACAUGAGGGCGAGGAACUACAGCAUUCCUGAAGUUGACAAACUGAAAGCCAAGUUCAUUGCUGGAAGGAUUAUCCCUGCGAUUGCAACCUCCACAGCAAUGGCCACGGGUCUUGUCUGCCUUGAACUGUACAAGGUUUUGGAUGGAGGGCACAAACUGGAAGACUAUCGCAACACAUUUGCCAACCUAGCCCUCCCACUUUUCUCCAUGGCUGAGCCAGUCCCGCCCAAAGUCAUCAAGCACCGGGAUAUGAGCUGGACUGUUUGGGACAGGUGGAUCCUCAAAGACAAUCCGACUCUAAGGGAACUUCUCCAAUGGCUCAAGGACAAGGGGCUGAAUGCAUAUAGCAUCUCAUGUGGAAGUUGCCUGCUCUACAACAGUAUGUUCCCUCGACACAGGGAGCGAAUGGACAAGAAGGUAGUGGAUCUGGCCCGGGAAGUGGCCAAGGUGGAACUACCUGCAUACCGGUCUCACUUGGAUGUUGUGGUGGCAUGUGAGGAUGAUGAGGAUAAUGAUAUUGACAUUCCUCAGGUAUCAAUUUACUUCGGGUAGGUUGAUUGUCUGCAAGCCAAUCCACUUCCUGUGGUCGGGUUGGUUGGUCUCUGUUCUCUGUUCUUGUGAUUCGUGGACCAACUCUCUUUAGCAUAUGUGGCCUUUUUAUUCUGCUGCUCAAUUCAUGAUGAGAACAGAAAAUGGAUAUUACUAUUGAAACACCACCUUUAAUAUAAAAUUGAUUGUCUUGAUGGUGUAUCCAUA